AUGCUGCCAGCUGAGGUGGUGCAAAUCCUAGCACAAGCAAUGAAGACGAAAGGUCAGAUGGGCCAGUUGUCCAUGGCCAUGGAAAUGGCAAAUAUCAUGUCUCCAGCAUUUACAACUUAUGGGCAGUCUGCAACAAAAAUCUCGCCGGUGUUGUCGGUGGCUAUGGAGUUGAAAGAACAUUGUGAUCCAGUUAGCGGCCUAUCAUUUGUCUCAGUGCCGAUAUGGAUGAACAUCGUGAUGAAUGAUCCACAUAUCAAGAACCAUCCCUUACAUGUGGAGGCACACAAUUAUAUCACCCCGGCAAACCAAGUAUCGCCAUUGUCGCCAUCAUCACAGUUGUCUGCGCUGGUGGGUGUUGUCGACGGCACAGCCCAGCCACCAGCACUGCAUGCUGCAAAGCUUAAGCCGAAACUGAAACCAGUUCCAAAAAAGAAGCCGGUGGAACUCAGUUUGGAAGGCAAUGGAAUUGAAGUUGUAGAUGGGGCUCAGGCGGUGACCAAGGAUGGAGCGCCAACAAAGGUCAUCCCUAUCAUUGGCGAAUUGGAAUCACAGCCGGUGGUGAUCAGAGGCAAGGGGAAGGUGAGGGAAAAGAUCACUGUACCGCCGGCAGAUGUGGAUGCACAUGCAGGGAAGGAUGUGGCUCCAACAGAUGUUCCCCUUAGGCAGAAGCCACAGCCAAAAUCCAAGGACCUGGAAGGACAACAUGACUUGGAAUUGCAAGACGUGACUGUGCACAGGAAAGGAAAAGGAAAAGAAGUUGUCCCGCCGGAGCAUGUUGCAGAAGGCCUUGGGCAUGGAAGGCCGCAGAAGAGACACAGGGAUGCUAGUCCUAGUAGGCCGCCGACCAAGAGAAACAUUGCUUCGAGUCGCCCGCCGGUAACAGAUGAAGCUGGCCCAACACGUAUGCCUAGGGUUGAUGAGUCUGGUCCCCCUACAUCCGAUACCGUUAGGACCCACACUGGGAAGCGGCACAAGAGUGACAAUCAUUCAAGCAUGCCAAUGGAGGAAGUGGAGGUAGGGCGAACAGAGCAUGUCCAAGCUAAGACCAAAGUACUCACAGAGGACAUUGGCACCACCACAGCCAGGCGGGAGUUAGAGCCCCCUUGUACUACAUAUCUAAUUAAGUUCAUGACUGAUAUUGAGCGCCAAUGUACACUGAUCGGCAUUAAUUCAGGUCGGUUAUCUGUCGCCAAGGAUUUGGAGUCGGCACUGUGCUUAGAGCUUGCUCCAGGUUCGGUCCUAUUCCACCCCGCAGACCAUGCGCUGGAUGAUGAUGAAGACGACUCAGCCGCCACUCCAACUGACCCACCGCCGACGAUGUCUGUACCUGCAAUUGCCACCAUCUCUCUGGUUCCAUCCUCAUCGCCAUUACCCAAGUCCUCUCUGGCAUUGAAGUGGCAAGUUUUACCACCACCUGAAAUGCAAUGUUCUCCAGUAAUGUCCAACACCAUGGACAUCGAUCUAUCGGGAGAUGCGGUCGUGAAGGAGUUGGAAGCAAUGACGCUGAAGAUGGGGGACUCGGCGUCCCCCAUGGAGAAGAAUCAUGGCCUGCAGGCAGUCAUAAAUAGCCUCAAAACAGAGUUGACUGAACUCCGUGCUCAACAUACCACUUCCAUGCUGCUUAUUUCGAACAUGAAUGUCCGUCUUGCCGAGCAGGAAACAAGCAUUCAAAAUCUAGAGGCCAUGCGCGACGAGCUCACAGCAUUGCAGCAGGAUGUGAAGGACAUGCAGGUUGAAUCUCACAGUUAUGAGGAACAGCUCCGGACCGCCGAGGCCAAAUUGGCUGAGCAAGCACAUUCCACAUCCGUCCUGCAGGAAGCUUACAAGUCCCUUCGGCAACGUGUCAUGCCCAAUGUGUCUAUCCCUCCUGCAUUCAGUAACACUAUGUUUCUGCCCAUCCCCAGCUACAGUACACCCUACAGUCAGGGUUUCAGUGCAGGCCAGGCGCAGGCAAUGGAACACUUGUACACAAACAUCACUCCGGGUCCCUCCACUGCCGCUGGAACAUCUCUUGCCCAUGCCGCUGGUAGUUCUGGCCAAAAUGGUGUUGCUGGUUCUUCAACUAAUCAGAACGCCAGCAGUUCUCACCUGAGACAGGUCUUUAGUGAAUCUGCAUCUGGAACUGGUCCAUUGUAG